AUAUAUAAACAUACACACUUUCACAGUUACACAUAUGUAGAAUAACAUUCUGAUUAACACCAUGGCAACAGUCGAGCAAAUAACCUGCUUUCUUGUUUCUUUGUUCCUAUUAUGCUCACUAACAUGUUCAAAACGCUAUGAUUACACAGAAAAGGAACAAAAUUGGUUAAACCAUGGUGGAGACAUAUACAACAGAAGAUAUGCAAGCAAGGAACACAAAAUCAACCUUAAAACAAUUAGCAACUUAACUUUGAAGUGGGAAUUCAAUGCAGGCAAAGACAUAACUGCAACACCAGCAAUUUUCAAUGGAACAAUAUAUUUUCCUUCAUGGAAUGGUUUAAUAUUUGCAGUGAGAGAAAUUGAUGGAACUCUUGUUUGGAAAAAGAAUUUGACAAAAUUAACUGGUCUAGAUUCAAUAGGUUUUAUUGCAAAUGUUAAUUGGACAGUGGCUAGGGCAACACCAACUAUAGCAGUUGAUGAGGAUCUUGUGAUUGUGGGAAUAUAUGGACCAGCUGUUGUUAUUGCUGUGAAUAGAUCAACUGGUGAUUUAAUUUGGCAGACUCGUUUGGAUAGCAAUGAUGCUGGUGUUGUCACUAUGUCUGGUACAUAUUACAAAGGGGCUUAUUAUGUUGGUUCAUCUUCACUAGAAGAACUCAAAAGUGCUGAAGAAUGUUGCACCUUUAGGGGAAGUUUUUCAAAGCUAGAUAUUAAAUCUGGUGCCAUUUUAUGGAAAACAUAUAUGUUACCUGAUAACAAUGGCAAAAGAGGUGAAUAUUCUGGUGGAGCUAUAUGGGGAAGUAGUCCACCAAUUGAUGCAUCAAGAAACCAUAUAUACAUUGCCACUGGAAAUUUGUAUUCUGCUCCUUUACACAUACGUCAAUGUCAAGAUGAAGAAAAUAAUAAAAAUUUAACAAGACCAACUCAACCUGAUCAAUGUGUUGAACCAGAAAAUCAUUCUAAUUCAAUCUUAGCACUUGAUUUGUACAAUGGUGAAAUUAAAUGGUACCAUCAAUUAGGUGGAUAUGAUGUUUGGUUCCUUGCUUGUAAUGAUUUGUCAACACCUAAUUGUCCUCCUGGACCUAACCCUGAUGCUGAUUUUGGAGAGGCACCAAUGAUGCUCACAAUUGAUGUUAAUGGUACUAAACAAGAUAUUGUUGUUGCUGUACAAAAGAGUGGUUUCGCUUGGGCUUUGCACCGUCACAAUGGCGACAUCAUUUGGUCUACGGAAGCUGGACCUGGUGGAGUUGCAGGAGGUGGAACAUGGGGAGCAGCCACAGACAAAGAAAGAGUUUAUACAAACAUUGCUAAUUCAAAUGCGAAAAAUUUCACUCUUAAACCAUCCAACAAGACAAUAACAUCUGGAGGUUGGGUAGCAAUGGAAGCAAGUAGUGGCAAGAUCUUAUGGGCCAUAGCUAACCCUAGUAAUGCUACUGCUAAUGGUCCUGUUAGUGUAGCUAAUGGCAUUGUCUUUGCAGGAUCUGCAAAUAGGAAAGGACCUAUCUAUGCAAUAAAUGGUAAGACUGGUGAAAUUUUGUGGUCUUAUGAGACUGGAGCAACUGUGUAUGGUGGAAUUUCAAUUAACAAUGGUUGCAUAUAUCUUGGAAAUGGUUAUACUGUGGGUUUGGCAACGGUUAUUGGAGGCCUUACUGGUGGUACUUCUCUUUAUGCCUUUUGUGUCUAAGUAAACCAUACUAUUACUAUGGUUGGUGAUAGUAUAUGUAUGACCAUAAAAUUACACAUAUUUUAUGGUGUUGCGAAAAAUAUAUAUAUUUACUUGAAUUCUCUAGACUCGAUCAUUUCGGGAAAUAUGUAAUAUUGUGUCUUGUACGUGUUUGUUUGGAUUUGGAUGAUAAUUAAUGUAUUAUGUUAGUAUGUGUUUGAUUAAUUCGACUAUGAGCCUCUCCUCGGCCUAUGAACGUGAAAUGUAUGUCAUCAAUUCGACUAUAAAAAAAAAAA